AAAGUUGGAGGGUACAUUGCCUCGGCUGACUUCAAAAUGGCUUCUCUCAAGAUCGUUCUUGCUAUCUCCCUUCUUGCCACCUGCGCUUUGGGUGGUCGAAUCUAUGGAGGGCAUGGUGGAGGUAUCAUUGGAGGUCAUGGAGGCCUCGGAGGUCAUGGAGGCAUUGGAGGUGGUAUCAUUGGAGGCCAUGGAGGCAUUGGAGGAGGAUUUGGACAUGGCGGAGGUUUUGGAGGAGGCGUAGGCCAUGGAGUUUCAAUCACACCAGGUAUUGGAGGACUUGUAAGUUCUUCCGUAAGUUAUGGAAGACCUGGCUUUGGCCAUGGAAUCGGUGGAGGUCAUGGAAUCGGUGGAGGUCAUGGAAUCGGUGGAGGUCAUGGAAUCGGAGGACAUGGAGGUUCUAUCAUUGGAGGAUCCGGUCUCUAUGGCAGGUGGUAAAUAGAUAUAACAAAUCUGAAGAUGCCUUUAUCACAAGAAAGCUUUUCGUUAUAAUAAAUCAAUAAAUUACAAAUUACGGU